CGCAAGUGUUACAGCUCUUUUAGAAUUUGUCUAGCAGGUUUUCUGACUCCGGUUGGAAAACCCCUCCCAAUUUUACUGGUCUACAAUGAAAGCAAAGCAGCCUCCGUCCCCUNGGUGUNAGAGGGGCUUUGNUCCUUCUCUGGUUUCCUAGGAAACGCGUGUGUGCUAGAGCCACGCUCAGAGACUUCCGCCUUGUGCGGUCCCGCUUCCUUUCUGCCUCCACUGGCCUGCAGCCGUGGGGGAGGCGGCGGACUNCAGGGUUCUCCGGAUCUCUUCUGUGUUCCCACUACUCAAGCACCGAGUGGCGUCCUAUGGCGUCCGCCUCGGCUCAGCCCGCGGCCCUGAGCGCGGAGCAGGCCAAGGUGGUCUUGGCGGAGGUGAUUCAAGCGUUCUCCGCCCCAGAGAAUGCCGUGCGCAUGGACGAGGCUAGAGACAAUGCGUGCAACGAUAUGGGCAAGAUGCUGCAAUUCGUGCUGCCCGUAGCCACACAGAUCCAACAAGAGGUUAUUAAAGCCUAUGGCUUCAGCUGCGACGGGGAAGGUGUCCUUAAGUUUGCCCGCCUGGUCAAGUCUUACGAAGCCCAGGAUCCCGAGAUUGCCAGCCUGUCAGGCAAGCUGAAGGCCCUGUUCCUGCCACCNAUGACACUGCCGCCCCAUGGGCCUGCUUCCGGAAGCAGUGUGGCCGCCUCCUGAGAUUGGUUCUCCUAUGUGUGCUGCUGCUGUGGAGGCGGCCCAUGUGUUCAGAGGAUAAUAAAUGUACUUGAGACUAAA